GGGAGACUCACUCAAGCAACUCCUCAGCAGUACAGCAGCCUUGUACGGACCUCUACUGUGCUUCUGAGGGACUUAAACAAAAACUGAAGGUUUGUGGCUGUGUGUUCACCUGAAUUCCAGAGGCCAUGAAGGACAUUGGCUGUUGGAUGCUUUGGUUUCGGAUGGCUCUCUUCCUACUUCCUGCCACCACUCCCAUGACAGUCACAGCCAAGUCAGAAAAUUUGUGUCCCGAACUACCAGCAGAUGGACAACAGUUUAUACAAAUCAAUAGAGAGAACCUCCCUAUUUCAGGUUUUGAUUUGGGAGAUAGCUUUUCUCUGAGACAAGUGUCCUGUGGAGGUGAAAAAACCUGUUUUAAACUGGGGAAUGCACUCCUUAUUAGAGAUACUCAGAAGAUAUUUCCCAAAGGACUUCCAGAAGAAUAUUCCAUGGCAGCCAUAUUCCGUGUGCGUCGAAGCACCAAAAAGGAGCGAUGGUUUCUGUGGCAAUUGUUAGAUCAUCGUAAUGUGCCACAGGUAUCAAUAAUAAUUGAUGGUACAAAAAAGACGGUGGAAGUGAUGGCCUUUCACCAGGGAGAAAUGUUGCACUACAUUUUUAAAAGUAGAGAAAUUUACCCUCUAUUUGACCGACAAUGGCAUAAGCUUGGCCUCAGCAUGCAGUCCAGGAUCCUUUCCCUCUAUGUGGAUUGUAAUUUAGUUGAGAGAAGGCAGACGGAAGAAAAGGAUUCUGUUGACCUUCAUGGCAGAACUGUCAUUGCUGCCCGGGCUUCGGAUGGCAAACCUGUGGAUAUUGAACUUCACCGCCUUCAAGUUUAUUGUAAUCCAAACUAUGUAGCUCACGAAAUGUGCUGUGAAAUAUCAGAUGCUAAGUGCCCACAGCAGGACAGCUUUGGAACUACGACUUCACUGAUGGCAACUGCUCAUGCCAGUAAAAUUUCUGCACAUCUGCUAGCAAAGCCGGAACUUGCUGAACGAUGCCAGUGCAUUCCUAACAAGGGAGAAGCAGGAUUGCCUGGAGCUGCUGGCUUGCCUGGUCCUAAGGGGGCCAAAGGGGAGCAGGGUGAAGAUGGUUUACUUGGUGCCCCUGGACCACCUGGUCAAAAGGGAGAGCAUGGCUUUGAAGGAAGAAAAGGAGAAGUUGGUGAGAAGGGUGAACAGGGACAAAAGGGAGAUCCAGGACUGGAUGGAAUUCAUGGAAAAGAUGGUUUGAAAGGUGACUUGGGUCCUCCGGGUCCACGUGGCCAGAAAGGAGAAAAGGGAGAAAUGGGACCUCCAGGACCACCAACCUUAAUCGGUUCCUUAGGGCUAGAAGGUCCUCAAGGUCCACCUGGGAAAGAGGGUCAAAGGGGAAGGCGAGGCAAAACAGGCCCCCCUGGAAAACCAGGACCACCGGGACCUCCUGGUCCACCUGGAAAACAAGGAAGACAAUAUACUCUUGGAGGAUAUUAUAGCAAGGGAAACCUGGUUGAGAAUGGAGCAAGUAUCCCUAAAGGAGAAAAGGGUGAAACUGGACAUCCUGGAUUUCCAGGAUCAGUUGGUCCCAAAGGACAAAAGGGAGAAAUGGGUGAGCAAGGAGAUAUUGGCUUACAAGGAAUAAAAGGUGACAAGGGAGAAAUUGGGAUAAAAGGAUCGCCAGGAAUGAAGGGUCAGCAAGGACCAGAAGGCUCUAUGGGACCCAGAGGACCGCCAGGAAAUGUUGGAUUACCAGGAGAACAUGGUAUUCCAGGAAAACAAGGGAUUAAAGGAGAAAAGGGAGAUCCUGGUGGAAUUAUUGGGCCUCCUGGACAUCCGGGUCCAAAAGGUGAGGCAGGUCCUCCAGGGAUAAGCCUGCCUGGUGAACCAGGCCUGGAUGGAAUUCCUGGGACACCUGGUCCUCGAGGGCCAAAGGGUGAAAGGGGGCUGCCAGGUGUUCAUGGACUCCCUGGUGACAUUGGACCUCCAGGAGUUGGAAUUCCUGGACAACCAGGAUCUAGAGGACCCUCUGGAGAGCCAGGUAUUCAGGGUCCUAGAGGGCUCCCUGGAUUGCCAGGAACUCCAGGGACUGAUGGAGCUCCAGGGAGAGAUGGGAAGCCAGGGACGCCAGGUCCUCCAGGUGACCCGAUUGCACUUCCUCUUUUGGGAGAUAUUGGUGCUAUGUUGAAGAAUGUUUGUGGCAGCUGCCAUCCUAGUAUCCCGGGGUUAAAAAUUGCCAAAGGAGAGGAAGGAGGAGCUGGGGAACCUGGAAGAAAUUAUUAUACCACAGGAAAGGGUGAUACUGGGCCAAGAGGCCCUCCAGGAAUCCCUGGCAGAGAAGGACCAAAGGGAACCAAAGGUGAGCGUGGAUAUUCUGGAUUACCUGGUGAGAAGGGUGAUGAGGGUCUUCAAGGAAUUCCAGGCACUCCAGGAACCCCAGGACCAGUUGGACCUGCUGGCUCAUUUGGAAGAACCGGACAUCCUGGUCCUCCUGGAGCAAAAGGAGAAAAGGGCAAUGAGGGAUCACCUGGAAAACCUGGGCCACCUGGACCUCUGUAAGGAAUGCCCACUCAGUGUAAGGGAAUGGCAAUGAGCAGUUUAUAUAAACUCCAGGGAGGUGGAAGUGCUGCUACUUAUCCUGGGCCCCCUGGACCUUCAGGUCCAAAAGGAGAUCCUGGUGCAAUGGGAGAACCUGGACCCAUGGGGCUCCCAGGACUAGAAGGAUAUCCAGGUAUAAAGGGAGAUCAAGGCCCAGCUGGCUCCCCAGGAAUAGCAGGAAUACCGGGAAAGUCAGGAGCCCCAGGCCCUCCUGGAGUGCCAGGUGAACCAGGUGAAAGAGGGCCUGUUGGAGAUAUUGGCUUCCCUGGACCUGAAGGACCUGCAGGAAAACCAGGAAUGAACGGAAAAGAUGGAUCACCAGGUCCUCAGGGCCCAGUGGGCAGGCCUGGAGACAGAGGACCCAAAGGAGAACGUGGUGAUCAAGGAAUACCAGGAGACAGAGGUCCACAGGGUGAAAGAGGAAAACCGGGCCUUCCAGGAGUAAAGGGGAUCAUAGGUCCCAUGGGACCCCCAGGAAACAAAGGCUCUCCAGGAAGCCCUGGCUACCAAGGGCCUCCAGGUUCUCCAGGGACUCCUGGAAUUCCGGCUGAUGCAGUUUCAUUUGAAGAAAUAAAAAACUACAUAAAUCAAGAGGUCCUGAGGAUUUUUGAAGAGAGGAUGGCUGUGUUCCUCUCCCAGAUGAAGCUACCUGCUGCAAUGCUCUCUGCCCAAGGUCAUGGAAAACCAGGGCCACCAGGCAAAGAUGGAUUACCAGGCCCACCAGGAGACCCUGGUCCCAGAGGUUACAGAGGACAGAAGGGAGAAAGAGGUGAACCUGGAAUUGGGCUCCCAGGGAAUCCUGGUCUUCCUGGACCUUCAGCCACUUGUAUGCCAGGCAUACCCGGUGCUCCAGGGCCUCAGGGUCCCCCCGGACCUAGUGGAAGGUGUAACCCAGAUGAUUGCUCCCAUCCUGUGUCUCACGCCCAGCCACCAGGACAUGAAAAUGGAAAAUAAGCAGCUUCCUGAGAAUGGCCUGAUGCCUAGUGAUAGUCUCUACCAAUUGACAAAUCUGUGGAACUUGGUUUGUUUUCAUCAAAUACACUCACCUGGAGUGGCACUUUUAGAGCAUUUAUGCCAAAUCCUUUGACUCCAGCUUCUGAUGUAGACACUUCCAUACUUUUCCCAAGUCCAUUCCCGAUGAUUUAUUUUAAUUUUUACUGUGGUUCUUAUUGAUAUUUUUGCAAUGAGAUAAACAGGUCCAAAUAUUAUCAUGAGCCUCCCUUCUUCAAAAGGAAGCUCUUGUCUUAAUUCAGUUAGAUUGGAGACUGUACAUAUUUUUACUGUCUCACCAACAACAUGAGUUUUAUUUAGCGUCUUGCUUUUAACGCAUAGAAGAGACAGAAUUACAAGUUGUCUUAAAGUUUAAAUUGAAUGUUCUCACUGAAGUUUUCUGUCAACUCUUUUAUGCCAAUAUACUUCAUGUUGAAUGUUUCCAUCGACUUUUGAUGGCCUAAGGGUGUGAUGUACUGCCAUCCAAUUUAUGCAGACAAAUCUGUUUGAUAAUUUCCUCAUAUAACAGGGAGAGAAAUUGUGUUGCUCUCCAGCUUCUCAUGAGACUCUGCUGAUUUCGAGGAACUCAAAAACUGACCUUUACAACUAAAGUAGUCUUUUGGUUCUGUGUUUGGUUUUUUAUCCUGGUGAUUAGCUCCAUUCAGAACUGAGCAGCGUUAGCUCCUGUGCCAGAGGGGAAGAAAAAAUUCAACACAGAUAGCCAUAUGUUCCAUCAGAUAUGUGUACUUCUUCAGUUGCCUGUACUAUGACCAACCUGGUAAAUAGUGUCUUAAAUUGUGAAGCAGAAAAUGACUUCCAUUAAGAAGAAAUAUUUGAUGUUGAUGUUGGAGUGAACUAAGGAUUCUUGAUCACAUCUGAAGCUGCAAAGCAUUCACAGGCUUUUGGUACCUGAUGCCACUUAUGCUAUGACUCAAUGUCCCAAAGAGGACAAUCAAGAAAAGGACAUCUAAGCAAAGAGAAAUUAAUUGGGUCCAUUUCUGCCAAAAAGAGCCCAUGUAUCACAAAACUGGCUGGGUGUUUUGGGACAUCCUGAAAGAUGAAUGAAGAAUGGUAGCAGGUAUACAACAUCGGAAUGAAAGUCUGUAUAUAAUGAAUGCCCACCCCAAAAUAGAACAAAAGGCAUAGAUCAGAUGAGGGAAAGCACUACACAUCUUUGCUCCUGCAACCUGCAUUCAUAGUCUAAGAAGAUGAGAGUCCUUUGAAACAUUUAUAUCAGCUCCUGGAAAAGGAAGUCCAAGGAUGGGGUGGGAAGAGGGAUAGGGACAGCUGACAAGGGAGGAACUAAUGACCGUGUUGUCUAAAACCAAAUGAAAAGAGAAUUGCAAUUGCCACUGGAUUCCUAGUCAACAUGGGUUGUUACAUAGUCAUUUAUUAACAUAGUAGGAAGUGGCCAUUGGUUACAAGAAGCAAGUUUUUCUGAAAUGUUUGAUGUUCUAUAUCUAUAUGGGCUAGUCAGAUGGACUAUAGACAUUCAAAGUCCAUAUCACUUGUAGUAUGGGAGUGCCUCUCCCCUGACAUUGUUGUAGAAAAUCUUCACUUCCUGACUUACUCUUUUAAUAAAGAGCUUCCAGUUUUCCUAGAGCAGAAUGGGAAAUGAGCUUUUGUCUGUUCAUCAAAAAUAAGGUUAAGAUGGCAACUCCAUUGUCAAAGCCCUACACAGAGUAUAAUCAGACUCUGAAAUGGAAAUAGAUUCUGAAUGUAGUGGAGCAUGCCUGGAAUUGAAAAUGGGAAAGAAUUGAAGAAUUGGCAGAACUGAAAGUGGAAAGUUUCAUAUGCUUAGUUUUCAUUUUAGUUCAAUGAACUGCUGGACAGGUACUGUACACAUGGCUAGGAAUACCUAGAACAUGUUUUGUUGUUGUUGUUGUUGUUGUCGUUCCUUUGUUUUGUUUUGUUUAAUUGGUUUGCAUUGAUAUAUAUUGUACUUUUCAAGUGAUUCCAAAUUUUUUCGCAAUUUGUGUGUUUCAUUAUAAAUUCCUGUUCAACACCAGUUUAUUUCUUGUGAUGAUACAUAAAAUGGUGCUGUGUUUUAAACAAACUAUAUGAUUGAAGUCUUCAUAAGUGAGUUUUUUUAGCAGGAUAUUUUAUUCAAAAGAAAUAUUCAGAGAGUUAUGACUUGGUGCUAAACGUAUAUUUUGAGUUUGGGGCUCAUUGAAAUGCAAUUCUCAAAGCUUGUACCUUCCCUAAUGAGAUUUUAUAGUGUUCAUUU